UCUGCUUUCCGUUCUGCCGGGCUGCAGUUCUCUGGGCAGCACAGACUCGCCUCGCAGAGCGCCACCCAGCUUCCCGUCUUUAACUCCUGUCUCCGUUCACCUCUGCAUUCGGACGCGCAUCCUUUAUCCAGCUGCGGCAGCUCGAGCGUCUCAGUGGCAGGAACCGUGGGCUUUAUAGGGCAAUGAUCUCACUGGAGCUUAAAUUUAAUUUAUUUACGAGUGACCUUUCACAUUACCUCAAAAACCAAGUUAAGGUCGGGCUCUUCGGCUCUGGGGUGGGACUCUCAGUGGUGCUCGGAUUCAGCGCCGCUUAUGCCUGCUACUACCUGCUCUCUGUGGCCAAGAAACCCAUACUGAUAGCUGGAGGGAAGAAGUUUCAUCAGUUCCUGAGGGACAAAUGCCCCGUGGUCUCAGAGACGUACUACCCCACGUUCUGGUGCUGGGAGAGCCGGGUGCAAACGCUGCUCAGACCCUUCGUGACCGCCAAGCCCUGGGUCAACUAUAGAAAUGAGCUCAUUAGAGCACCAGAUGGAGGCCAGAUCUCUCUGGAUUGGUUUGACAAUGAUGGCAGUGUGUCCCACCCGGACCAGUCCACGCGCCCCACUGUGCUGCUGCUCCCGGGACUGACGGGCACAAGCCGCGAAUCCUACAUUCUGCAUAUGGUACAGCAAAGCCGGGAUCUGGGCUACAGAUGUGUGGUGUUCAAUAACAGAGGAGUAUCGGGUGAAAAGUUACUGACGCCUAGGACGUACUGUGCAGCAAACACAGAGGAUCUGGAGGAGGUCAUUGAACAUGUCCAGCGGACCAUCGACAAAGCUCCGCUCAUGGCGGCUGGAGUUUCAAUGGGCGGGAUGAUGCUGACGAACUACCUGGGUCGGAAGGGCACGGAGGUGCGUCUGAAGGGAGUGGUGGUUUUCUCUGCAGGCUGGGAUGUGUUUGAGUGCACGGCUUCACUGGAAAAGCCCCUGGACCGCUUCCUCUUCAACUCCUACCUCACCAGCUGCCUGCAGGCAUCCGUGGACCGUCACAGAACCGUUCUUGAAAAGAAAUACGACAUAGACCAUGUGAUGAAGGCUAAAACAAUCCGAGAGUUUGAUGAACGUUUCACAUCCAUCAUGUUCGGUUACCCAUCCAAUGACGACUACUAUCGAGACGCGAGCCCCAUUCACAAGAUCAAGUCUGUGCAGGUGCCAAUGCUGUGCCUCAACGCAGCGGACGAUGUCUUUUCCCCCAAUCACGCCAUUCCGGUGGAGGCGGUGAAGCAGAACCCCAAUGUGGCUCUGCUCAUCACCUAUCACGGCGGCCACAUUGGCUUCCUGGAGGGUCUGUGGCCACGGCAGAGCACCUACAUGGACCGAGUCUUUCGCCAGUUCACCAAUGCCGUGUUUGAGAACGACAGCAGUCUGGGUGAUCUCCAGUGACCUUCUCUUUCCAUUCCCUCUACAGCCAUGAGCAAAAAAAUUCAUAUAUAUUUCCAAAAUGAAGUGCACAGGUUCACUUGAGGGCCAGGAUUGUUUUUUUUUUUUUAGUCUGUUCAUUUAUUUAUUUCUUUAUUUUAGUUGUUUUAAGCACAUCUCUUUUAUUUGCAUUCAUUCUCACACGUUCCAUCCGCUCAUCCGUCCAUCCUUUGAUACACUUAUUUGUUUCUUAAUUGCAUGUCUGCGUAUGACUCGCUUAAUUAAGUAUUUCUAAAUGUGAUUUAAGUAAACAUCCACCUGGACCACUGAAUCAUGUUACUCAACAUGAAUCCACAUGAAGAUGAGAUUGUCCAGAAACACAACAAGCCUUGAAACCUAUUGGGACAAUGUCACAAACAAAUGUCCAGGUUCACUAAAGCAAAAAAAAAAAAACAUCUUUGCAUAAAGAAAAUAAUUUAGAAACACCAAUUCAUUUUUAAUUGUAACAUUAUUCUCAUGACAAUUAAGUACAUUUCCCCUCAUCCUUUUUUCAUGUAAUGUAUUAUUAAAUCACCAUUAAUUAAUUUCAAAUAGUACAAUUAUUUAUACUUAUAAUAGUACUUUGCAAAUGCAAUUACAAAUUAAAUGAAAUAAUCUUUGCUUUAACCACCCAGAAAAAAAAGUGAAAAAUCAGCAUUACUUUCAUGUGUUUCAGUGGGUAGAUAAAUAUUUUAGGCCAUUUUGGUUUUAAGACUGUGAACCUCGUCACAAGGCUACUGAAAAUAGAUGAGUAUCAGUACAGUUUUUGCAUUUACGUUUGGAACCGAUUGAUUAUAGGCAUCAUUGAUCUGAGCUUAUGCACCACUUUUUUUUUCUUUUAAUAAGUUUGAGUGAACGUUUUUCACUCAAAACCUGAGGUGCAUAAGCUCUGAACAAUGAGGCCUACAAUCAGUCAGUUCCAAAAAGAAAUACAAAACAUGUGCUAACUGAAAAAAAAAAAAAAAAAAUCAAGCUGACAAAAAGAUAUAUCCAAUAUUUCAUGAUAAUACUGCAUAAUGACAGAUUUCCAAGCAAUUUAAAAGGCUGGAAACACUAAAAUAGGUAAAGCAUUUUCAACACAGAACAAGGGUUAAUUGUCAUGGAAAUAAUGCAAAAAAGGUCAGUUUCUUUAUGCAAAAGACCUGGAGAUGUUUGAUGAGAUUUUGUCAAACUGCACUACUGUAGAAAUGGUUGUAGCCAAGAAUGUUGGAGGGCAUCUGGAAAUUUGUUACAGAGACUUUACCUAAACUUCUAAUAAUGAUGCAAGAUGCCGUAAAACCACGUCCGAGCAAAGAGGUCACAGUCCAGCAACACAUUCUCCUUCUCAUGCAUUGGUUACCGUUUCAACCUAUAACAUGUCCAUAACCAGUUAUCUUCAGCCAAUGAUGUGCUGCAUCCAGACCAGUCCCUUAUAGUGUUGUUAAGAAAGGAAGAUUUCACUAAUAUUGUCUGCAGUAUCAAUUGAAGUAUCACUGAAGUGUGUAAAGCCAAUAGAGACUCGUCAUGUAUUUACAGACAGUAUCUUUCCAAUUCUUCACUAACUUGAUGUUUAAGUAUCUUAAAUGUCUGUAGCUUUGUAGCCCUCAGGGACUAACCCCACUUUCUUUGUGUUUUUAGGGCAAGAAAAGAUUGUAUCAUAUCACAGUUUUUAUUUUUCAUAAGAAUGUACCGCAUGCACUUUUUUCUCAUUCAUUAUUGUUAUAUUGACAUUGACUAGUUCAACCUUGUAAAUGAAUCAUAUUUUUUGACUAGGAAUGUGACAAUUGCACUAACUUUAGUUGAAGGCACUUAACCUGUGUAGCCCUGUAAAGUGCGUUUUCUUGAACCGGACAGACGUGGCUUCAAGGAUUCUGUGAAUGUGAAAAUGACUUGAGCUACUGUUUGUCUGAACUAAAAUAUGCUUGCUUUGAAUUUUUUUCAGGCUCAAAUUGCUUUUUAUAUAAUGGCGGCAUUGAAAUCCUACCAACAGCUCCUUAAAUAAUAAAAGAAAAAGAGAAAAAACAACAACAGGAGCAGUCAGUAGUUAUGUGAGAAUGACAGGAAUAGUUCAACCCAAAAUGAAGGAUGUAUGUAUGCCAUUGCGAUGGCAGUGGUUUUACGAGGAAGCUCUAAAUGAUGUAACUAUCUAGUCCCAAAUAUAAUUGUACGUAGGGAUUUUCAUGGAGGAAUGACAUGAUGUCCAGAGCUAGAUGAUAGUUAUUGAAACCUAUGAAACCGCCCAGCCAUGUGUUGUAUAUUGACCUUUGUCUGUUCUUAUGACGGUGCUGCUUCAUAUUGCAUCUGCUCCUGUGGACUUAUCUAACCCUAACCCUUUCCUCUCUGCUUCCCGUCCAUCCUGUUUCUGAGUAGCAUGUGUCACUGUUCUGAGUGUUUUGAGUAACUGUACUGACAUGCAUCACAAAACCUGUAGCACAACAGACAUAUUUUUCCAUGAAGACGUCUCUCCUUUUAUAGAUUUAUAAAAGGAUUGUGUAUUUAACAUGUGCAGCAAUACGAUUUUAAUACAAGAUCUAUGUCUAUGUAGAAUAAAUAUAUGCACAUGUACUUGUAUGGAUUAUAAGUGCAUUUGUGGUCUUAAAUAAAUUAUGGAAUUCAA